CCUGUACUAAUUUGCAUGGUUACCCUUUCAACUAAUCUUCCCGCCAUAAAAGCACGACUCUCUGACUAUUGCCAUCGUUUGACUGGCGAGUAUAAGAGUAAAUAUUGAUUUGACGUUCACUGACGGAGCUCAAUGUAGGGUAUAGAUUCAUUCCAGGGACUUUGGAGUCAUUUCCAGAGACCUUAGAGUGAACGUACACCGUCCCUUACAAAAGAUCUGACGGAAAAAUUGAUCCUGUCUAGGCAACUCCAUACUGAGUAGUUAGCAGGAAGCGACAGGUCUGACUGGUAGGUGAUCAGCUGCAAAGCCUUCUGGGGGCCCUGGUCGCGUAAUAAGGCCGAGCUUCAUAUGACCGCAUCUGCGCUUUAAUUCUCCAUAUAAACGGCCAUUCCCUCUCAACGCCCGGCAGAAGCAGUAGCAGAAAACACACAUAUUGUUGCAGCUUUAACGAUCCAGAGAGCAAUUAGUAGCCAGGAUGCCGUUCAGGAAUAUUGCAGUAGGGUUGCCGGAGGAGGCCAUUCAUCCUUCGGCUCUGAAAGCCGCUUUGGCUGAAUUUCUUUCCGCUCUCAUCUUCGUCUUUGCCGGCGAAGGAUCGAUCCUUGCCUUCUCGAAACUGACGAGCGACGGUUCAACUACGCCGGCGGGACUGGUGCUCGAAGCCCUUGCCCACGGCAUUGGGCUCUUCGUUGCCGUUGCUGUGGCCGCUAAUAUUUCCGGCGGCCACGUCAACCCGGCGGUCACGUUCGGGCUCUUCGUUGGCGGCAACAUCACGCUUCUACGUGGCAUUCUCUACUGGAUCGCCCAGAUGCUUGGCGCCACCGUCGCCGCCGGUCUCCUCAAGUACACCACCAAUGGCAUGACUAUACCAGUGUUUUCCCUAUCGAGUGGAGUAGGUUAUGGCAAUGCGCUUGUUUUGGAGAUAGUGAUGACAUUCGGACUAGUGUACACAGUGUACGCCACGGUAGUCGACAAGAGGUCUACGGGCAACGUCGGAAUCAUUGCACCCAUUGCAAUUGGGUUUAUUGUAGCCGCAAACAUUUUGGCCGGCGGGGCAUUUGACGGCGCUUGCAUGAACCCGGCCAGGGCUUUCGGGCCUGCACUGGUGAGCUGGACAUGGGAAAACCAUUGGAUCUUCUGGGUGGGCCCCCUUAUCGGCGGUGCCAUCGCGGGUUUCAUCUACGACAAUUGCUUCUUCGAUGAGCCCACUCACGAGCCCUUGCCUUCUUCCGAGUUCUGAGAAAUCUACAAGUAAAAUGUAUUGUAGUGUUGGUUUGUGGUGUGCAUUUAUGGAGUCAUGGGGGCACAGCAUGAAUUUUUUACCUCAGGUGGGCAAAAUAAAAUUUCGUUCUGAUCUGUAAUGUUUUAUCGGUGGUGCUUUUUGUAAUGAAAAGAUCUUUGAAUCA